AUGGCCACUGUCACUCCUCAAAGCCCUCCUCCACCAUCGGCUCCUUUCAAUGUUGCCGGCAAAACCGCGAUAGUAACCGGCGCUGGAUCUGGCAUCAACCUCUCCUUCGCCGCCCUUCUCCUCAACCGCAAAUGCAACGUCGUCCUCGCAGACCUAGCCCUCCGGCCCGAGGCAGAGGACCUCGUCAAAGCACACAGCGACCCCAACAAAACAACCACCUCACGCGCCGUCUUCGUCAAGACAGACGUGACCUCGUGGCCUGCGCUGGCCCACAUGUUCGACGUCGCGCACCGCGAGUUCGGCGGCGUCGACAUCGUCUGCCCUGGUGCGGGUGUGUAUGAGCCGCACUGGUCGAGUUUCUGGCACCCGCCCGGCAGCGCUGCGAGCACAGACGCCGUCGACGCGGGCCACUACGCGCUGCUGGACAUCAACCUGACGCACCCCAUCCGAGCGACGCAGCUGGCCAUGUCGCGCUGGCUGCACCCCGCCAAUCAAUCGACGAUGACAACGACGACAACGACGACACCCAAGAGGAUCGUGCACAUCGGCUCAGUGGCCGGGCAGAUGGCCAACCUCAACGCGCCGCUGUAUGGGGCCUCCAAGUUCGGAAUCACAGGGUUCGUGAGGAGUCUUGCGCCGCUCGAGGCCAGGCAUGGGAUCCGUGUCAACGCCGUGGCGCCUGGGGUGGUGCGCACGCCGCUCUGGGAAGAGAAUCCGGAGAAGAUGGCGUUUAUCGACCCUGCGCAGGACGGCUGGGUGACGCCGGAUGAGGUCGCUGUCGCGAUGUUGCGGUGUGUCGAGGAGGAAGGGCUCGUGGGUGGGACGAUCCUCGAGGUUGGCAAGGCGCGCACGAGGUGCGUGGAGAUGCUGAAUGAUCCUGGGCCUAGCAUGGACCCGAGGGAUGGGCUGGUGGUGAGGAAUGCGCACGAGGGGAAUGCUAUGGUUUGGACAUGGCUGGAGGACAGGACCAUCUGGGGACAGCCACCAUCUCAGUCCGAGUCUUGA